UCCAUGGUGCUGCUCCUUCACAGCCAGAGACAGUACAUCUUUGAGUUUGAUAAGAAUGACCGGUUGUCAUCGGUGACCAUGCCCAACGUUGCCCGUCAGACUUUAGAAACCAUUCGUUCCAUUGGUUACUACAGGAACAUCUACCGGCCACCAGAAGGCAAUGCCUCGGUAAUUCAGGAUUUCACAGAGGAUGAGCAGCUCCUCCAUACUUUGUACUUGGGGACAGGGAGACGUGUCAUCUACAAGUAUGGAAAGUUGUCCAAGUUAGCCGAAAUGCUCUAUGACACCACAAAGAUCAGUUUCACCUAUGAUGAAACCGCUGGCAUGCUGAAGACAAUAAAUUUGCAGAAUGAAGGGUUCACAUGUACGAUCAGAUACAGACAGAUAGGACCCCUCAUUGAUCGACAGAUUUUCCGCUUCACUGAGGAAGGCAUGGUGAAUGCACGCUUUGACUAUAAUUAUGACAACAGCUUUCGGGUGACCAGCAUGCAAGCAGUCAUCAAUGAGACACCUCUACCCAUUGAUCUCUACCGGUACGAUGAUGUGUCAGGCAAAACUGAGCAAUUUGGUAAAUUUGGAGUCAUUUACUACGAUAUCAACCAGAUUAUCACCACUGCUGUCAUGACCCACACUAAACAUUUUGAUGCCUAUGGCAGGAUGAAGGAGGUCCAGUAUGAGAUAUUCCGGUCGCUAAUGUACUGGAUGACUGUGCAGUAUGACAACAUGGGAAGAGUGGUUAAGAAAGAGCUGAAGGUUGGCCCUUAUGCAAACACAACUAGGUACUCAUAUGAGUAUGACGCUGAUGGCCAGUUGCAGACAGUGUCAAUCAAUGACAAACCACUCUGGCGUUACAGCUACGACCUAAAUGGAAACCUCCAUUUGUUGAGUCCGGGGAACAGUGCCCGCCUUACACCGCUCAGGUAUGACCUCAGGGAUAGGAUUACUAGACUGGGGGAUGUGCAGUACAAAAUGGAUGAAGAUGGCUUCCUGAAGCAACGAGGCAAUGAUAUUUUUGAGUACAAUUCAGCUGGCCUGCUCAUCAAAGCCUACAAUAAAGCUAGCGGGUGGAGUGUGAAAUACCGCUAUGAUGGCCUUGGAAGGAGAGUCUCUAGCAAAACCAGCCACGGCCAUCACUUGCAGUUCUUCUAUGCAGACCUGACCAACCCAACCAAGGUCACCCAUUUAUACAACCACUCGAGCUCCGAGAUCACCUCCCUCUACUAUGACCUCCAAGGCCACCUCUUUGCAAUGGAGCUCAGCAGCGGUGAUGAAUUCUACAUAGCCUGCGAUAACAUUGGCACUCCUUUGGCUGUCUUCAGUGGGACUGGCUUAAUGAUUAAGCAGAUACUAUACACAGCAUAUGGAGAGAUCUAUAUGGACACCAAUCCCAACUUCCAGAUCAUCAUCGGCUACCACGGAGGACUGUAUGACCCCCUCACAAAGCUUAUCCACAUGGGACGGAGAGACUAUGACGUGCUAGCGGGUCGGUGGACAAGUCCAGACCAUGAUAUGUGGAAACAUCUGAGUAGCAAUAACAUAAUGCCUUUCAACCUAUAUAUGUUCAAAAACAACAAUCCCAUUAGCAACUCUCAGGAUAUCAAAUGUUACAUGACAGAUGUCAACAGUUGGCUGCUCACUUUUGGGUUCCAGCUACACAACGUCAUCCCCGGCUACCCCAAGCCAGACAUGGAUGCAAUGGAGCCGUCCUAUGAGCUAAUCCACACACAGAUGAAAACCCAAGAAUGGGACAAUAGCAAGUCAAUUCUGGGGGUCCAGUGUGAAGUACAGAAGCAGCUGAAGGCCUUUGUCACCCUUGAGCGCUUUGAACGGAUCUACAGCUCCAGCAUCGCCGGGUGCCGGCAGGUCAAGAAGAACAAGAAUUUUGCUUCGGGAGGCUCUAUCUUCGGCAAAGGCGUCAAGUUCGCCAUGAAGGACGGGCGUGUGGCCACCGACAUUAUCAGUGUGGCCAACGAGGAUGGACGGAGGAUCGCGGCCAUCCUGAACAAUGCCCAUUACCUGGAGAACUUGCAUUUCACCAUUGAUGGGGUGGACACGCACUAUUUCAUUAAGCAAGGGCCGUCGGAGGGUGACCUGUCCAUCUUGGGCCUCAGCGGAGGACGGAGGACCCUGGAGAACGGCGUGAACGUGACGGUGUCCCAGAUCAACACAGUGCUAAGUGGAAGGACUAGACGUUACACGGACAUCCAGCUCCAGUAUGGUGCGCUGUGUCUAAACACUCGCUACGGGACCACCUUGGACGAGGAGAAGGCCCGUGUCCUGGAGCUGGCCCGACAGCGAGCUGUCGCCCAAGCUUGGUCCCGGGAACAGCAGAGACUGCGGGAUGGGGAGGAGGGUAUUCGCUCAUGGACAGAAGGGGAGAAGCAACAAGUGCUAAACACGGGCCGGGUACAGGGCUACGACGGCUAUUUUGUGAUCUCAGUGGAGCAGUACCCCGAACUCUCAGACAGCGCCAACAACAUCCACUUCAUGAGACAGAGCGAAAUGGGCAGAAGGUGACAGAGAGGGUCGAUGCGGUGACUUCUUGCCAAAGACAGCUACUCUUUUGUGGCCACUUACCUGACUGUGUUGUACUCAAUCCUUUUUUCUAAACUGAACAAGGAGGGGGGGAGGAAAAUAGAAAGAGAAGGAAUAAUACGGUUGCACUGUAACUCAUGCAACAUACUUUUUUUUUUCCCCUCUUUAAUUUGGCCUUCACGCGUUUUUUGCAAUGAACAGAAGGUAUAUUUUGCCGUAGUGUGAUCACAGUGAAAUUUACUGUCUCUUGUCCUCUUCCCCCCCCACCCCCACCCCCCUUUGUGAGGAAUUUGAAGUGGGGAGUCGUCAACGUACGUCAUCAUUAGGUGUGAAAUGCGAAAUGGGUGUCUGUGCUAACUUGUGUCAUCCUAACCCUUUCUGAUUUGGGGCAGGGACAGAUAGCCUUCCACCCGAAAUGGGGAGUCUGUGGCGUGCCGGAGAGCUCUUCCCGGGAAGAAAGGAGAUGGAAGACGACGCUGAUUCCGAUACUCCGAAAGCGACCGUCCGAAUCAUGUGCCUCAAAAGAGACCUUACAAGUAGUUUUCAUGUUUCACUUGGGACAUAAAGUGGUUUUUUUGGGGGCUCCUGCUGAGCAGAAGUAGAUUAUAGAGGCAAAGGAGCUGAUUAUAUUAACUUGCAAGAUGAUUCUCUUCCUUCCUGAACUGGAAUAAAAAAAGAAAAAAAAACCAGUCUUUUUUUCAUUAUGAGAGUAGAUACUUUUUGGGGUUUUUUUGUGUGUGCGCAAAUCCUGGUUUUAGUUUAAAAAACCUAGCAAAAGCCAAGAAAGGGACUCCUGCUCUAUUGAGAAAAGCUAAAAUAAAUCCUCUCUCUCAUAUGUAGAGCUGUUCUAUAGGUGGACUUAAU